CUCCCCACAUUCAAUCAAAACACAAAACCUCCAAACCAACUUCCACCACCACCACAACCACCGCCGCCGCCGCCAUGACGGCCAAGGACUGCGGCCACGAAGACGACGAACGCAAGAAGCUCCACCGCCGCCUCCUCACCGCCUCCCUCGCCUUCCUCCUCCUCGUCCUCUUCCUCAUCCUCCUCAUCUUCCUCAUCCUCCAGCCCUCCAAACCUGCCUUCCUCCUCCAAGACGCCACCGUCUUCGCCUUCAACCUCUCAUCCGCCAACACCCUCACCACCACCAUACAGGUAACCCUCGCCGCCCGCAACUCCAACCAGCGGAUCGGGAUCUACUACGACCGCGUGGACGUCUACGCGGCCUACCACGGCCAGCAGAUCACGCUCCCCACGCUCCUCCCGCCGACCUACCAGGGCCACAAGGAUUCCGCCGUGUGGUCGCCGUUUCUGUACGGCGACGCCGUGCCGGUGGCGCCGGAGCUCGGCGUGGCGCUCGGCCAGGACCAGAUCGCCGGCACGCUCAUGGUGAACAUCAGAGUCCGAGGCAGGAUUAGGUGGAAGGUGGGGACGUUUGUCUCCGGCGGGUACCAUUUGUAUGUGAAUUGUCCGGCGUUUAUAAACUCCGGCGGGCGGAGUGUCGGGAUCGGCGGCGGCGGAGAGGUGGCGGUUAAGUAUCAGUUGAUUAUGGAUUGCCAUGUUGAUGUGUGAGACUAAUUGUAUCUUAAUAUUGUAAUUUGAACUUAGUUCAGAAAAAUCAUUAAAUUUGAACUUGGUUCGUAAUUAUUUCAUAACA